AUGACGGCCGACCAGGCGCUGAAGCUCUCUCGGAGACUUGGCCACGAGCCCGGUCUACAGGCAUACGAAGUCGUCGUGACGUGUUUAGGCGGGCAGGGCGAAUGGGAGCUCCUGCUCGACGUUUUCAAUUCAUGCCGAUACCACACGCAAAAACUCAGCAUUAUCUUGCUGAAUUGGCGAGCGCGCGCUCUGUUGGAGACCGGAGACUUUACUCAUCUCUACGGCAUCAUCGACCUCUUCUGGGACAACGACCUGGUCCCAACCCGUCGGUCCUGGCACCUUGUGCUGUCUGGCUACCUCAAAAAUCAUGACCUCGGUGGCGCGCGGCGAUGCAUGGAGGACAUGGCUGCCGCCGGAAGUCCUCCGGACCACUGGACGCAUGCACUCAUCGCGACGCUCUACACGUCUAUCGGGCCCGACGAGGAGGUCAAAUCCCGCGGGAUUGAAGCCCUAGCGCACAUUGAUGAGCGAACUGCGACCCACAUGAUGAACAGCUUGGUGCGGCAGCGUCUACGAAUCUACGAUCUGGAAGGUGUCUUUUCGCUCCUCAAUGCCUUCGACGCGCAUCAAGUUGGUCCAAUCUUCCGGAUGUUGGUUGCGUCUCAAGAACAGCACAAAGUGAUUCUUCCGAAUAGGACAUCCAUGCUUGAUUCGUAUCCGGUGGUAGUGAAACCCGAUGCGAUUACAUUCGCGAUGUUCAUCGACUUUUAUGCCGAUUUGAAAGAGAUGCACAACUGUUCUCAAGUCUUGGCUCACAUGGAGGCAGCUGGAGUGCCCGCCACAAGCCGGACAGUGUCGUCUUUGAUCCGGGCGUAUUUCCAUACAGGCCAUGGCGGUGCUGCGGUUCAGCUGCUGGCUUCCAUGUGCAAGCCGCAGACGACAACCUCUCUGGAGAACCUGCCGUCACCGGACGGUCACACUUUGGCCUUGGAUGUGACGAAAGUCGGGCGGCCCAACCGGUCCAACUUCAACCACUUCAUGCGGGGCGCUUUGACGACGAACGGUCUGUCCGGUGCCCAGACUGUGCUGAAACUGAUGCAAGCGAACGGUGUCAGGCCGGACUCGAAGACGACCGAAAUCGUGACGUCGCACACGCAACGCGUCGAGCGUGCGAAGCCCGAAGUGUUGAUGCGGCUGAUCCGACGGACGUCACCACGCGUGACUCUGCAGGACGCACAUAUCAUUCUGAGCGCGACGACCCGAUACCAGAAGUUUUUGGUGGACGGAAUUGGAUGGGACGUGACGGCUUCUUACUUUUCGCAAACCCGUAACCCUCAGCCGAGGCCGUUGCCGGCCCACCUUGUGUCUGAUGUCGCUCCUACAUCGGACAUUCUGGGCGGAAUCCACCUGCCUCCGCGCGACCACCGAACUUUCCGGCCCAUCGAGCAGUCACUCGAGGCCCGAGGAGUGCGUAGUGAUCGAGCUACGCUGGCAGUCAGAAUGCGACAUGACGCUGUGAUCCGCGGAGACAUGGAAUCCGCCACCGCUGUGUUCCAGUCGAUGCUCGGGGGAGGCAUGCAUGCCAAUCAAUAUCACUACAGCGCGCUGCUGGAGGGUUUCGUCAAAGCAGGCGACUUCGAAUCGGCGAGGGAUGUCAUGAAUGCUGCGGCGCAGUCGACAUUCAAGCCCGGUGUGCUGAUGUACACGAUUCUCAUCGUUGGAUAUGCACGUCGCAAGGACCCAGAAACGUCGCUGCAGAUCUUCAAGCAGAUGGCUGCAGCCGGUAUCCAGCCAGAUGUCCCAGUGAUUGAUGCGGUGGCCAGCGCGUUUUUCGUCGCUGGCGCAUAUCACAUGUGCUGGCGGGUGUUGACCUCGCUCUGGGAAUACAUCGGCCCUCUGCCCGAAGGCAUCGAACGAGCCACUCUCAAGACCGCCGCCGUCUACUUUCGCUCACUGCACAAAGGCCCACAGCCUCCGUGGACGAAAACGUCAAACGAGUUUCGUAAGGCGCUGGACAACCAGAUCGCGUUGCUGUUGGAGGAAUGGUACGUUUGGAAGAGACAGCACAGACAGAAGAAUGUUCGGAGAGACGCGGGCAGCAGCAUGUAA